GUUUCAAGCAAUGGUUGAGAAGGUAGGUGGCCUCAGGGAAUCGGAUCUUCCAAACGAUUCCUGGGACAUGGUCAGGACAAACUUGUGCUAUCACUUCUUCUUCAGGGAAGGACGAUGCCCUUACUGGAAGAAUUGCAUCUACCUGCAUGCAAAUCUGGAGACACUUCGCAAAGCCUUCAGACAGUACAGGUGCCGAUGCGGCAAGAACGGUGGCAUUUGCGCUUACAAAUGUACCUACGCCCACUCAGCAGGUCAGCUGACAAUUCCGGACGAACUGUUCACUCCUGGAUUUCCUCUGUCCCAAGGGCGCCAAAAGGCCCGCGAACUGUCUUGGAUGAAUGACGCUGGCGAGCUGCAGGGCAAAUUCCGCAUCUGGGAGAUGUACAUAGCAGAUACAACGGGAAAGAAUGAGAACCGCCUUUGCAGUGAUACCUUGUGCACCCAGGCCAAGUGCAAGAAAGGUGUUCACAUCUUGCCGGAGGGUUGGGAGUGGCUCCGCCUGGAAGCUGCAGAGUCAGGUCGGGAGCUCCCUGAUGCGCCGGUUUACUUCCCGGACGCCAGGGACAAGGACAAGAGUAAAAUGGUGAAAGCAUCGCGAUGGAACGAAGGCCGACCUAACAUAUCACAGGCGUGUGAGCCAGACCGCUUCGGGAAAUCAGGUCAGCUUGUUCAGGAAGCUGUGGGAGGGCCCUCUCGAGUGCACCAGGGAGCAGAAAAAGCAAGGCCUGGGCCAGCAGCUCCGCUUACGAAUCCGCCACGAUCUGGAGCUGAACCGGCCUCUGCCCUCGAGCUGACAAAUUUUCCGACGCUGCCGACAAGAAGGCCUGAGCCGGUGCCUCCUUUGCAAAAGAAGACGGGCACGCAGAACAAGGAGGUCAAAGCUGACGAUGGCGCAGAUGUUCGGUCCACAAGUUGGUACUCUCACUAUCGCCACACCGUCUUCACGUUUCUGCGCUGCUGCAUGCUCGAUGACAGAGCCGCAGGAGUGAACCUCCUUGGAAUUCAGCCCAGCGCCGAUAGCAAGUGGACGUGCAAAGAGUGGCCAGCAAUUCAAGAAGAUGUGCACACCUACCACGAGAAAAAGAAGAUGCCUUUCUUCAACUGCCGUGGCGAUCUGCAGAUUAAGUUUGAGAGUGUGGUGGCAAAGCGAGUUGUCGCAGAGAAUUUGCGAGAGCAGCUGGAAUUCUACACGCGCAAUCGUUGGUUCGCAGUGACUUGGAUGUGA